AGAUCCGGUUAAUUGCCAGCAGGCAUGUGGAGGAAAUAAUCUAUAUUUUGCAAUGUAAUUAUUCUGUGUAAUUUACAUAUAAAAGGCUUGAUGAUACAUGUACUCCUCCCAAAAAAUAAUGGCAGAGGUCGUGAAGGUUUUUCACCUGAAAAGAUGAAAAAUCUCAGAAAAAAUUCAACCUUCAGAGGAUUUUCAUUGAAAUCUUAUCAAUGCUUAUUCGGAGGAUUCAUUAUUAUUGUGAUUUUACUUUUUGUCUUUUAUCAAAAUCCUAGCUUGACGUACUCUUUUAUAUAUAACAAUAAAGACAAAUUUCCAAACAUCCUCAGGGUAUCAAAAAAUGCAAAUAAUUCCACUCAUCCAAUCAAAACAGUGCUUCUUUACAAUCCAAAACACUGGGAAAUACAAAUACUGAACAAGUUCAAAAAAGAAGGACUUUGGGAAAAUUGCCCAUACUCCUGUCAAAUUACAACUGAUAUUAAAGCUUAUGAUAACAGUGAUGCGGUGAUAUUCGUGAUCGACUUGUUGGGAGGAGGUGAAUUACCUGUUAAAAAGACUCACCAAGUUUGGAUAUUUGCUCAAUAUGAAUCGACCGAUUAUUUGACAAAAGAAAUUGGUACCCAAUUCGUAACGCAGAGGAGUAUGAAAAAGUAUAAUCAGAAGGUGAACUGGACAAUAAGCUACAGAAGGGAUGCAGACCUUCCAUUUAUUCAUGGGUCUUAUAGUGUCAAGAGAAAUAACGAUAGAGGAAGAAAGAAAGACUCGAAUACUAAACGUGGCAUCGCUUGGUUUGUAUCCCACUGCAAGACCUCAUCUAGAAGAGAAAUCUUCGUUAGUUUAUUGAAGAAAACCACGCCAAUAGAUAUAUAUGGUCACUGUGGCUCUUUAAAAGCCCAGAAUUGCCCGAAAUCAAGAAUAGAUGCCAUCAGAGAAUGUUGGGGCUUAAAAGAAAGUAAAUGUUUCGACAUUCUUGAUACAAAGUAUAUGUUUUAUUUGUCAUUUGAAAACGCAAUGUGUCGUGAUUACAUCACAGAAAAAGGCCUUCAUCACGUGACUCAACAUGAUAUCAUCCCAAUCAUGAGAGGAAGUGCAAAUUAUUCUAUUUUUAGUCCGCCAAAAUCAUACAUAGACACAAAAGACUUUUCCUCUGUACAACAGUUGUCAAAAUACCUUACAGAGGUGGAGAAAAACAAAGAUAUGCAAGAAGAAUUCUUACACUGGAAGAAACAUUAUGAAUCCCAGUAUCCAAUAGAAAACUGGCGCAGUAAUAUGUGCAAUAUUUGUCAGCGACUAAAUAAUCCCACAAAAUAUACAAGAAUAUAUAAUGAUAUAUACAAAUGGAUUGUUACACCAAAUAAUCGAGAUGGAUGCUCUGUAUCCAGGGAUUUGUAGAUGUUGAAAUGGAUGUUAUAAUAAAAAAGGUUAUAAACGUGUACAUAUUUAUAUGCACGUGUAUAUGUA